AUGAUUGCCACAUAUGCUCUCUGCAGUUUCUCCAAUCUGGGCACUAUUGGCAUAGCAAUGGGAGUUCUAGGAGGUAUGGCACCAUCAAAGAGGCAUGUAUUAGCGAGGUUGGCCUUCCGUGCACUAGUCUGUGGAUGCGUGUGCACUCUUUAUACAGCUGCUCUAGCAGGUAUUGAGCUUCAAACACCGCUAAAUCGAAAAACCAGAACAGGUAUCAUGUGGCAUGACAUAAAAGGAUAG